AUGGCUGCCAAAGUGUUUGAGUCCAUCGGAAUGUUUGGCCUGGUGUUAUCAGUUGCAGGAGGUGUGGAGAACUCUGCUUUACAUAACAUGGAUGCUGGACACAGAGCUGUCAUCUUUGAUCGAUUCCAUGGCGUACAGGAUAUUGUGGUAAGGGAAGGGACUCACUUUCUCAUCCCUUGGAUACAGAAGCCAAUUAUUUUUGACUGCCGCUCUCAACCACGGAAUGUGCCGGUCAUCACUGGUAGCAAAGACUUGCAGAAUGUCAACAUCACACAACGCAUCCUCUUCCAGCCAGUGGUCGGCCAGCUUCCUCAUAUCUACACCAGCAUUGGCAAGGACUAUGAUGAGCGGGUGCUGUCCUCUAUCACCACAGAGAUCCUCAAGUUGAUGGUGGCUCGAUUCAAUGCUGGAGAAUUGGUUACCCAGCGAGAGCUGGUCUCCAGGCAGGUGAGCGAUGACCUCAUAGAGCGAACAGCAACAUUUGGGCUCAUCCUGGAUGACGUGUCCCUGACACAUCUGACCUUCGGAAAGGAGUUCACAGAGGCGGUGGAAGCCAAACAGGUGGCUCAACAGGAAGCAGAGAGAGCCAGAUUUGUAGUGGAAAAGGCUGAGCAGCAGAAGAAGGUGGCCAUCAUCUCUGCUGAGGUUGACUCCAAAAUAGCUGAGCUGAUUGCCAACUCGCUGGCCACAGCAGGUGAUGGCCUAAUGGAGCUGCGAAAGCUGGAAGCUGCUGAGGACAUCGCUUACCAGCACUCCAGCUCUCGGAACAUCACCUACCUGCCGUCCGUGCUCCUCCAGCUUCCCCAGUGA